AUGGAUAAAAAAUCAAAAUAUUGCAAAGAAUCUAUUAUAUCCAAAGCUCAGAGUUUGUGGAAGGAUAUAAUGAAAGAAGAACCUUGGGAACAGGUCAUUAAGAAUGUUGAAUAUCGGCCAGCAGAGGUCAGAGGAGCCAUCAGGAACCGCACCACCGUCACCGAGUUUGUCCUGCCGGGGCUCUCAGAGGCCUGUGAGCUGCAGAUGCUCAUCUUCCUGGGGCUCCUCCUGACCUACCCCCUCACACUGCUGGGGAACCUGCUUAUCGUGGUCAUCACCCUCAUGAACAGGCGCCUCCACAUGCCCAUGUACUACUUCCUCCGCAACGUUGCUGUCCUGGAGAUCUGGUUCACCUCAGUCAUCUUCCCCAAGGUGCUAACCAACAUCCUCACAGGAUACAAGACCAUCUCCCUCCCAGGCUGCUUCCUGCAAAGUUUCCUCUAUUUUUUCUUGGGUACCACAGAGUUCUUCCUCCUGGCGGUGAUGUCCUUUGACAGGUACGUGGCCAUAUGUAACCCUUUGUGUUAUGCCACCACCAUGUGCCAAAGGGUCUGUGUCCAGCUAGUCCUCUGCUCGUGGAUGACAGGAUUCCUUCUCAUCAUUGUUCCAAGUUUCCUCGUCCUUCAGCAGCCAUUCUGUGGCCCCAACAUCAUUAACCAUUUCUUCUGUGACAACUUUCCCCUCCUGGAACUCAUUCGUGCAGACACAACUCUGAUAGAGCUCCUGGGUUUUGUUAUAGCCAACAUCAGCUUACUGGGCACUCUGUCCGUGACGGCCACUUGCUAUGGCCACAUCGUUCUGCACAUCCCCUUAAACAAAAAGAAGCAGAAAGCCUUCUCCACCUGCUCCUCCCACAUCGUCAUGUCUCUCUUCUAUGGCAGCUGCAUCGUCAUGUAUAUCCGGUCAGGCAAAAGUGACCAGAAGGAAGACAGGAACAAGGUGGUGGCAUUGCUUAACACCGUGGUGACCCCGAUGCUCAAUCCCUUCAUCUACACCCUGAAGAACAAGCAGGUGAAGCAGGUGUUUAGGGAGCAGGUGAGCAAGCUCCUCUUAUAA